UCCCUAAUGUUCCCCGGAGCGUUCGGCUCACCGAAAUCAUCUUCUCACAGAAAUCCUCCCGAUUUGUCUGAAUUUCCAGCCACAGAGUCCGAAGCUGGGUCCUUGUCUUCAUUGGUCGAGUCAGUCGAAUCAGUCGAAUCACCAGACUUUUCACAGAUUCUGUCCCGCUCUGCCACUACGUGGUCUGCCCAGAAUCACCCUUAUAUAGACAAUUCACAGCCGGUACAAGAUUUUGGACUGUCGGUUCCCCCGCAGCACUCUACGUCAACGCUGGAUUCCAGCCCGAAUCAGCCUCGCAAUCGGGUUGCUUUGAACGACCAGCAGAGACCGACUCUCAGGUCCUCUGUUGAAAGUCAGACCCCCACUGAAGGGAGGCUUGCUCUAAACAAUCCCCCUGACCUUGGCAUCCCAUCAUACCCCAUGUCAGUAGUAUCAGACGCCUAUUUUGCUGGCCCAAUGCAUCAUCCUCAUCACUAUGCUUGGGCAAAUCGUCCGUAUCAUCCUGAUCAAACACCACAUGGACACAUGAGUCCCCCAUUUGCAUCUUCGCAGUCUUCCUACGCUUCAUCAGGCUACCCAGUUGGCUAUCCUAGUUAUUCAAGUGGUCCUUUACCUAGUUAUGCCCCGCAAGUACCGGCCUCUUACCAUGCAGCUCCUGGGAGUGGUGCUCGACAAAACCAACCUCGAAGUCCUCCUAUACCACGCCCUUUCCAGUCCGCAUCUGCCUCAAAUACGUCUCCGCUGCCCCAGCAGCCUCUCAUGGCCACUCCUCCCUAUAUGACAAAUCAGCCGGCAUACUACUAUGCCGACCCCCCAUCAGUCCCAUCCCAAUCCGCGUCCAUCAGCUGUCAACCACCACCAAUGGUCUCCCCAGAGCCAAUAUACUCCCCACCCAAUUCAGCGGCAACAUCAGAUUCAGAUCCAGUCCGAUUGGUCAGUUCACGGCCGCGGCCACAGUGCUGGGAUCAUGGCUGCAACGGUCGCGAGUUCUCAACCUUCAGUAACCUCCUCCGCCAUCAGCGAGAAAAGUCAGGUGUCGUCGCCAAAGCCGAGUGCCCAGUAUGUAGUGCAGUGUUUACACGUACAACUGCACGCAAUAUCCAUGUUGCACAAGGGAAAUGCAAAGCCUCUGGCAGGGAAUCUUCUGCGGAAUAG